GUCAUGAACAGCUCGAGUAUGUUUUGGCCUGCGAUCGUCCAGCUAUGGAGCUGAUCGUUAAAGAGGGAGGGCUGUGUUUAAUCCGAGAAGAGUUUUGGUCUCUGGGGUUGUCCAGAGACAUGGACUCCACGGUCAGUACUGUAACUGUUAUGUUUGUUUCACUUGACUGUUUAUUCCAUGGAUAUGUAUAACUUUGAUACAUCUGUAAUGUGAUGACAGAUUGGAAAUGCUUCAGGAAGCUGCUCAGAGACAUGUAGGAUUUCUUAGAGCUGCACAACAGAGGCUGCUUUUUGGUCAUUAAAAAAUCUGAUUCAAUGGUUAAUAUAAAACCUCACAUAUCCUCAUGUUUUUGGAUUCAAAACCGUUCCAGGGCAAAGAUGUCUUCAUUGCCAACAUGUACAUUGUACCAACGUGGAAGCACAAAGACGUCGAUCCAAUGUCAAGCCUUCCAAGGGAUGCACAUCUAAAGGAUGCACUCCUCUUCCCAGCGUGGAGCAAGCCCAACAUUACCUUCUCUGUCCAUGUUCCAGUGGUGUGCAACAGGGGUCCCCAACCACAGAGUCAUGGACCAGUACUGGAGCAUUGCACAGCACAUCGUCCCAGGAAGCUGGAGUGAGCUCACUGGAAAAGACAUGCAGGAGAUCCCACGCCAGACCUCGGGGAAUGACUGUGGUGUUUUCAUGCUCAUGUACUCCCUCCGGCUCUGUACGGACACUACUUUUCACUACAGUGUGCUGGACAUGCAGUCAAUCCGGCGUUGGUGGUGUGUCCUUCUAAUGGAGCACUUUGGCAUUGAAGGGCAUGGCCAGAGGUUCUGUUAUUGGACAGACAAGGCGAGCGGCCUAUUGCAGGGCAUUCUUCAGCCAGUCUUUAGGGUAUCCAGAACUCAGUCCAGGCCAUCGACUGCGUCAUCAAAGAUGAACUGAAUACAGUACUGGGCUGCGCUCAGGUGUCAUGACGGCGGCGGCCGGCAGGGGGCGGUGGAAACCAGGAAGUGGCAACAUCAGCAUGAUCAACACACACACAGAGAGAGAGAGAAAGAGAGAGAGAGA